AUGAGUAUGUGGAAUCUUUUUGUGAAACAGAUGAAAGGAUUUGUUGUUAGUGUUGUUUGUAAUGACAUGAAUAUCAGGUUUAUUGCAGUAGGGUCAUUUGAAGGCUAUGUUGCUAUAGUUGGUGGUCUUCUCGAUGCGUGCGGCCUCUGUGGCUGCGCACAUCUUUCGGUCGCUCCAGUCUCACCUCAAUGGCCAAUCUCUCAGUCACCGGCCCUUUGCAAUUUCGAACGGGUUCAUCGCGGCGGGAUUUCAGACGUAUAUCGGCCGCACCGCGCCUUUGCCAUUUCAGACGACUCGAAGGUCUACAUUCCUCUCGUUAGACUAGUUUACCGGCAGCUUGCAAGAGAACUAGACUUUUCUCUUCACUGGAUAAAGGGUAACAAAACUGUUUACAAUUCAAAUAUGGAGAUGAUAAAUCUCUUUUGCAGCGAAAAGGGCUUGCAAGAGUGUGUUGGGAGAUACCAUGGUGAUAAUCUUAUAAGCCGAUUACCCGAUGACAUUCUCCUUAUUAUCUUAUCUUUCCUCCCAUUGAAAGAAGCUGGGCGAACAAGUGUUCUUUCUUCUUGUUGGAGAAACCUGUGGAGUUACACCUCACAUCUCAACUUUGAUGACUAUAGUCGAUGGAGAAGGUUAUCCUGGCUUCAGAAAUUCACAGUGUCAGUGUUGAGAGGGAAAAGUAUUUUAGUCAAAUCAGCCACAAAGUCAAUUACGAAGUGGCUUGAAUUUGCUUUUGAGAGGCACAUCGAAAAGUUGGAGUUGAACCUUUCAGAUGGUGACUGUGGUCAUCUCCCACAUGAAAUGUACGCGUUUCCUCAAGAGUUAUGCAGUUCAGACCAUCCUUACAAAUCUAGUAGACUUUUCAACUGCAAGUCCAUAAAAAUGUUGUCCUUGGACUGUAUUAAUAUCUCUGGUGAAACUAUUGAGUUUCUCUUACGUGGCUGCCCAUUGCUUGAGCAGUUAAUUGUCCGUGCCUCUGAUAAAUUGACACGUCUUGAAGUUUGUGGACCAUCCCUUGUAUUAAAGCAUUUGGAGAUAUUGAUGUGCAGUUAUUUAAAAUCCUUAAGAAUUUCUGCUCCGAAUCUAUCUUCACUUGUGCUGUAUAAUAUACGAGGCGUCUUGCUUGAGGAUGUUCAAAUGCUUACUAGUGUUAAUGUGACCUCUGUGGAGCCUUCUUCUACGUAUGUAGAGAGAUUAAUUCCUACAUUGCUUUGCUGUCUUUCCCAAUUGGAGAUUCUCACCUUGGACAUUUGUAGUAAGAGGGAGCUUCUAUCGAUGCUCAAAUUCCCCAUGAUGCCUAAACUUAAGAAGUUGGUCAUCACUAAAGUUUUACGUGGUGUGGACUCGAGUCUUCUUGGCCUGUCUCAUUUUAUCAGUGCAUCUCCCAACCUGCGAGAAUUUGAGAUACAGCAAAGGUGGUCUAAAGUUGAAAGGUCAAACAACGAAAUUCAGAAGGGAUUGAAGCACUUCCCACUGCACCAGCAUCUGAAUGUUUUUCGGUUUUUAGGUUAUUAUGCUUGCCCGAGUGACGUUGAAUUAGUCAACUACUUGUUGGAGAACUGUGUCACGCUUAAGGAAAUCAUUGUUGAUACCCAAACUCCUCUACGUUCGGCCUACGAGCCACUUGAUCCUGAACAAUUAGAAUUGGCUGAAAUAGCAAAGGGUUACGCAAAGCAGCAGCUGGAGCAGUUAGUACCUAACCACAUUAGCUUAUUUAUAUGCUAA